UAAUGUAGGUCUCUACUUAAUAAAAAAACUCUAUACAUGGAGUCAAAUGCAUCAGGGUACCUUCUAAACCAUGCAACUCUUCACUCAGUUUAUUAUGAAGCCAAGGAGGAUGAUGGUCUAAUUGACUUGGGCCUUAGUCUUAGAACUCAGCAGCCUGAAGCAUAUCAUACAUCUGGAAAAGAUGAUUAUGGUGACAUGAUAGACUGGAACCAGUUCAACCCACAGCUGAAAAAGGCAAACAUGGAAUAUCCAAAGAGUCUAGCAGAGGAUUGUGAUGAUGAAACAGAGGGUGUGCAAAGCAAAGAGCGCUGGGCUUAUGUGAAGGUUAACAUGGAUGGGGUCAUUAUUGGAAGGAAAAUUUGUAUGCUUGAUCAUAUGGGUUACUCAAGCCUUGCACUAAAACUUGAGGAUAUGUUUGGCAAACAGUCCAAAUCUGGUUUGAGGCUGUUCCAGGCUGGGUCAGAAUUUUCUCUGUUUUACAAGGACAGAGAUGACAAUUGGAGGACAGUUGGUGAUAUCCCAUGGAAGGAAUUUGUAGAUUGUGUGAAGCGCAUUAGGAUUGUGCGUAAAGAAUGA